AUGGCACUCGAAGGUAGUACAAAUCUAAGUCAUACUGGAAAAUUAUAUCAGGGAAAAGGGAUCAAAUUAUCUGUAAAAGUUGAGCCGCUGGAAACCUUAAUUGAGUUGAGCCGUCAUAUCAAAGGGAAGAUUAUGCAAGAUUUUAAAAGGAAAUAUGGAAAUAUCUUGGAUCUUCUGCCAGUCACAAUACAUAAUGAUGCAAUAAUGGAAUUAAGCCAAUAUUGGGAUGCCUCGUUAAGAUGUUUCACAUUUCAAGACUUCCAAAUGGCACCGACUUUGGAAGAAUAUGGAGAAAUUUUGAGAAUGCCCCUUAAGGAGAACAUGGCAGUAUAUCUUUAUCCUGGAUAUUUACCAUCUCGAGGCACGAUAGCGAAAAUUUUGGAAAUUCCUAAGGAAAAGGUACGAAUGGUUUGCCCAGGACAAACAGAGGGAAUCUCAAGAGCUGAUGUAGAAGCCCACUUGAAAGUUUUGGCAGGAAAAGAAGCUUGGGUUACAUUUUGCAGAGUCUUUGCCUUAUGCAUAUAUGGAAUAAUCCUGUUUCCAUCAUCAAUUGGCAUAAUUGACUUAGGAGCCAUUAGUGUAUUCCAAAUGGUGGAAUACCAUAACGUGAAUCCAGUACCAGCAAUCUUGGCAGAAACGUACUUGACCUUAACUCAAUGUCACGAUAAAGGGAAAGGAAAGGUCAAUUGUUGUAUUGCAUUACUGGAUUUAUGGAUGCUUGGCCACCUUUAUGGAAAGACGCUUCCUUUCAGAAAGAAGAACGACUCAGACAGUAAUCCACUCAUGUCUUUUAAAGGCCAAUUCAUGAUUGACGGAAUGAGCUACAUGGAUUGGAAAAGAACCUUCUCAGAACUUAAAGAAAGUUCCAUUUUAUGGAAACUAGACUGGUGGUGGAAAGAGGAGGUUAUUUACCAUUGUGGUGACUUUCCGAAUGUGCCUUUAAUGGGACCCAGAGGGUGUAUCAACUAUAACCCUUCCUUAGCGUUAAGGCAACUGGCCUAUAAGCAAAAUGUUCCUUCUAAGAAAGAGGUGCAGGAGUUAUACUUUCUACAUAAGGAGGAUGGGACAAAGUUAUUAAGCCAGAAUGUCAAAGAAGCAUGGCAAGAGAUAGGUUACAAAGGGAAGAUUGAGCUAGGGAUACGUGUAGUAAACUCAAGUCCAGAAUACACUACUUGGCUGAAGAGUAUGAUUCAAGGAGCAAAUCCUUUAUUUCAUCCUCAAAAUCCCUUGUUAGGCAAUGACUUGAAAGAGAUUAAUGGCCAAUUGGUUGAAUGCUUGAAGAUGAAGGAAAAUGAGUUACAAGCGCUUGCUAACUUAGAGUCUAAGAAUAAAGAAGAAUUGGAAAAAUACCAAAACGAAUGCGAAAAUGCCAAACUGAAAAGGGAAGUGCAAACUAGUGAUAACAAAGUUCAAAGUACUAAAGCAAGACUUGUCAAAAUAGUCAGGGAAAAUGAUGCAUUGAAGAAGGAAUUACAAGACAUCAGACCCAUUGAGGAGAUGCAGCAAGAAAUCAAUACGCUCACAAGACAAUUGGAAAGGAAGGUGAAUGAACUAGCCAGGGUGAGAGGAAGUGCAGCUGAGACAGCACAGAACUUUGUUCAGAGGCUUAAUCAACAAAAUGAAGUCUUAGAAGAGUGGAAAUCACUUUGCCUUGAUCAAACAGAAGAAACCAAAGAGUGGAUGUUAAAAUGUAGGCAGAUAAUUGAUUUGGCUAAUGACAAAAUUCCAGAAUUUGCAAGAGCAUUUAAGCAAGCUGAAGGCAUGGUUCUCCCUGGGGGAACUCCAUUAGAGAUUGUUGAAUUCUUCCAUUUGUGCAAUGAAAUUGUAAAAGAACUCAAUAGCGUGACGAAGUUCUAA